AUGAUCAGUGAUUCUUCUUCACCACCACCAUCGGGGUCAUCCAACAACAACAACAACACCACCACCUUCACCACGGGAUCCAAUCCUUCCUUUCUUGAUCGCCGCCACCAUGAUCGAUCAUUCUUGAAUUACUUCUGUGGUUUUCCAUUCACUAACAGUGGUAGUCGCAGUCGACGACAAAAACUCCUCUCUUCUCACUAUGAAUAUUCUCCACUCUUACACACGAAUGGUUUGAGUGGUCGAAUUAAAUUUGCACCAUCACUCUCAUCACUCUCAUCAUCGAAUUCAUUAUUACUUGCAUUGGCAAGUUCCUAUUCAAAUUCUCUUCAUAUUCUUCAAUUCAAACCCUUAUCAUUCAUUCAACACAAUGAGUAUAACAACAACAACAGACAUUCUUCUAUUCAAUCUUCAUGUCAAUUAAUUUCAUCCUAUUUUGAAUAUCACACUCAUGACAUUCAAUCCUUAGAAUGGUAUCAUGAGAAUUUUAUAUUUUCAUCUUCUUUGGAUUGUACUUUAUGUCAAUACGAUGUUCCAAGUUCCAAAUUAGUGAAACGAUUAUGUGUGGCAAGUCACUCCAUUUUAAAUGGAAUUACUUUGAGUCAAGAAUCUCCACCUGUUCUCUAUAUAUGUUGUAAUAAUAGUAUUCUCAUGUGGGAUACAAGAGAAAAGAAACAUUCCAUUCUUGUCAAAUCAAAUCGAAAUGUGAAUCCUAAUGGUUCAUUGAAAAAUAAUGAUUACAUUCAUGUGAAAUUAAAGAAUAUAGAUUCACCUUAUCAAUUAGUAGCAAGCCGAGGUGGUGGUGUGUUGGAAUUUAGAGAUUUGAGAUUUAAUUCUGAUUUUAAAUAUUCCUUGUAUCAUGAUGAUGGAUGUGAAUUUACAAGUUUAGAAAUUCAUCCCUAUGAUGAUUAUGUGUUAACUUAUUGUGAAGAUGGAAUUGUUUAUGAAUUGUUUGAAAAUUAUAACUUGUGGAGUGGUGGUGGUAAUAGUUUAAGUAGUAGUAGUAUGAAUAGUAGUGGUAGUAUGAGCAGUAUGAAUAAUAGUAUGAAUAGUAGUAUGAAUAGUAGUAUGAAUAAUAAUAGUAAUAGUACUCCAUUUAAAAAGAGUAUUUACAAAUGGUAUUCUUCUCCUCUCAUGAAAAACAAAAAUCAAAUUGGAUUCAAGAAUGCCUCUUAUUCUAGAAAUGGAAAUUAUAUCAUUUGUGGAAAUGAUGAUGGUCAUUGUUUUAUAUUCGAUGCAUCUCUACCAUUGAAUUCCAUAGAUCAUCAUCAUCCUGAUAGGUCAUUACAUUCAACCACCACCACCAUAGAAACAACAACCACCACUCCUCCUCCUCACAUGAAUCCUCACAUGAAUCCUCAAUCCUCUUCAUUCAUAUCUCCUCCACUCAUUCCUCCCAUGAAAAUAAUUCCUCCACCAACAAGAACAAUCUCCUCUUCCUCCUCAAAUCAUUACUCACCUGUGAUUCUAAAUUCUCUUUUUGUACCCAACCUCUAUGAUCAAAGUGAAAUUCAUAAUCUAUUAAUUACCUAUGAAGAAGAAGAACCAUCCAUGUAUUUAUUUGGAAUGACAGAAUCUACUCACCAACAACAAAACAUCAUUGAAAAAUUUGACUCAAGUAUUGAUGAAGCUGAAAUGGUUCAAGACAUUCCAAUGGAAGAAUGGCAACACAAUUCCAUACAAAGUGAAACCAAAGUGUGUUCCUAUUCACUUGGAUAUGCGACUCAAAUUGUAUAUAUUUGUUUAACUUGUUAUAGAAAUAGAAAUAGAUACAAUUACAGUAAUAAUGAGAUUUAUCAUGGAGUAUGUGAAGAAUGUUCAAAACAUUGUCAUAGAGGACAUGAAUUGUAUAAUAUUGGAGAAAAGAGAAAUUUCAAAUGUGAUUGUGGAAAUUCACAAUGUGGAAAUGUAGAAUGUUUGUGUUCAACGAGUCAGAAAUCACCAAUCAAUGAACUCAAUCAAUAUAAUCAUAAUUUUAAGAAUGAAUGGUGUUAUUGUGGAAGAGAAGAAGCAAAUCCCAUGUAUCAAUGUUACAAUUGUUAUGAUUGGUUUCAUGGAAAUUGUAUAUUCACUCGAGAAUACGACAGUGAAAAUAAUUUAAUUGAAGAUUAUUCGUAUGUGUGUGAAAAUUGUUGGAAUUUAGCAACCUCUCGUGAAAUUGGUAAUCAUCAAUCUAUUGGUAGUAGUGAAAGUAGUUGUAGUGUAGGUAAUGACUCCAAUCGAUCCAAUACGUAUGUCACACUCAUUCGUGAUUCGAUAGUGACGAACGAAUAUCCAUCCAAUGACACAAUUGUAAGGAGAGGAAAGUUUGUCAAGUUAUCACAUCCCUCCUCAUCGAAUAAUAAUAACCUCACAACCUCUCUGUCCGACCAGAAACAACAACACAUCAACGACAUGGAAGAAGGAGAAGAUCUUUUGAGUCAGUCGAGUGGUCAUGAUGAUGAAGAAGAGGAUAAUGAGUUUGGAGCACAACAAGGAGCAAAUUUGGAUGAUUUUAUUGUUGAAGAUGACGACGACGUGGAUUAA